CAUAUGCACACAGAAACACGCAUACCAAGCAAACAGGAAACACAUGCAAACACUGCAAUGCCAUCUUAAUUCAUUCAUUAAGUUAACAGUUGACAGUUCUUAACUAUUUCAGUUGAAAAGUUGGGUUGUAGCUUGACUUGUUUAUUGUGUUCAUACAAUCAACAAAACACUGAAAGGAUUUACAAUAUCUGGAUUCAAUUUAGUUGGAAUAAGGAACCCGAUCUCAAACAAGGGAGGAAUGGAUUUCCUAGAUGUCCAACUCAACCAGACUGACAGAUCCCUGACCUGUCAUGGUAACCAGCCCUGGCAAAUCGGGUCUUUGAAUCCUGUAGAUGAUCAUGAUUUCCUGGAUACCCUUUUAUGUGGCAUUGAGUCUGCCCCCACUUCCCCUCUGUGGACAUCCUCCCACAGUGAUAGUGGCAUCAGUGAGGACCCCACCUCUGAUCACUUGGACAGCCCAAACCUGCCUGCCAGCCCCAUCUUCCAUGCUUUCUGCCAGCCCCAUCGCCCUAACCUCCAUACUCACCUCACCCAGUCUGCACCUGAUUUCUCCAUUGACUUGGCUGGGUGGGAGUCUGGCCUAGGCCACCAUAGCAAUGGGAAUAGCCACAAACCCCGGCUGUCCCCUGGGUUCCCUCUAACUAUUAAAGACCUGCUGUUGUCUGGAAUAAAGGAGACGCAGGGUUCCCAGAAUUCCCUGCAAGAGCUGUUUUUAAACGAGGAGGAGAAAAGGCUAUUGGCUAAAGAGGGGGUCCACCUGCCCAGCCAAAUGCCCCUUACCAAGUAUGAGGAGAGGGUUCUGAAGAAGAUUCGCAGGAAGAUUAGAAACAAACAGUCGGCCCAGGAGAGCAGGAAGAAGAAGAGGGAGUACGUGGACAGUCUGGAGGGCAGGAUGGAAGCCUGUAGUACACACAACCUGGAGCUGCAGAGGAAGGUCCACCAACUGGAAGAACAUAACACGUCUCUGUUAGAGCAGUUGGCCAGGCUCCAGACUCUUCUACCAAAUGGCUCCAGCAAAACCGCUCAGAAAGGGACCUGCAUCCUGAUACUGCUACUCGCCUUCUCUCUCAUCCUCUCGUCCAGUCUGCAGCCUGAUCCACACAGCGCUGCCAGCCAGGAGGGAGACUUCACUGUGGCCAGGGCGAGGUCUCGUUCCCUGCUGGCGGUAACGGACACAGAGAUACCAGUAUCCUCAGUGGCGAGGGGGUGGGAGGUCCUGUCAACCCUGGAGGGGAAGCUCCGACUCAGGCCAGAGCACACAGACUCAGAAUCCCAAACCAUCCACAACCACAGACUCUAAUAACAUUUUCGCAAACCCAACCUCAACCAAGGUUUUGAUCAGACACUGCCCCGUGUAAAUGUGUAGAAAUGUUUGGGAACUGGAAUCUAUAGUUGUGAUAAAACAUGCGUUGGAGUUUUACCAGGUUGGAAGCUGCUUUGCCGCCUCUGAACCUGGAGAGCAAGUCAUUAUUGUAGGAAUUUGAGUUCCACUCAUUAUCAAAGAAUUGAACAGGAGAAUUUCACACAAUCUGUCCCUGAGAUAAAGCUGAAAUGCAGCUGGAUCAUGCAGCAGUGCAACGAUACACAAUGCAUACCUUAGUCUCUGAAAAGCAACACAUUUAAUGUUUUGGAACGGCCUAUUCAAAGCUUUGGCCUAAACUUAAGAAGUUUGUGGCAUCAAAUGAAAUGAACAGCUCGUGCUCGACGUUUUUGACUUAAAGACGUUCUCCAUGAAAGAGUGGAGCACAAUUCCUCCACAGUAAUGCAACUGAUUCACAAAUACAGAGAGGGUUAGUUGGCCAUCAGUGCAGCUAAAGGUGGCACUACUCAUUAUUGAUAGUAAGGGACAAUCUGAGAUGGUGGGUCUUGAAAUCCCCUUUCCUUCUGAGGUGGAACUCCCCUAAUGAAAUCAAAUGAGCCUCUUCAUCCAGCCUGAAAUCAGAGCCAUAAGUAGAACACUUUACAAAAAUGUGUAUACAUUUCUUAUGUGUAACUUAAUGUGUUGUGAUAAACAGAGGGACACAAAGAAAUUUCCCCAACAAUAAGAACUGGUCUCAGACCAGUGUGAUGGACUCUGAUGUAAGAAUAUUUUUCAAUCACUUACUGCACUUCGAUAUCAUUUGUUUUUUACAUUUUAUUGACCUGUCUGAAAACGAAAAAUAAGUAUUUUUAAAUGUGUAUUCCUUUUCACUGUGCCUGUUGAGUAGGUGUUUGUUUUCCAUGUAGUUAUGGGACAGAUGCAAAGGAAGGUUUUGGACUAAAACCUGAGGAGCUGUGAUUUUUCCUGAACAGUGAGUUUAUGAAGUAUGUUGUCUAACGACAUCCUUAAUACUAGUGUUGCUUUGUUAUCUUAAUCCAAAUAAAUUCUAGGUUGAGUAUUUAAAACGAUGUUAUAACAUGUUAUAACAUUGUUUACAAAGUAUGCAGGCAGCAUACUUUCUUAACACGUGCUAGAGUACAGCACUGCGGCAUUCUGGUCUAUUAGACAAACCUCAGCAAUCACAAGAACUAACGACAGAGAAGUUUGAGAGAGAUGAAACAACAUAGGUAUCCAAAUAUCAUAGUCCCACAGGUGGUUUCAGAAUGUAAUAAUGAAUCAACAUUUUGUAUUGUAACCUUUUGUAGGCACUGGUAUUGAAGGUCUCCCUAUGAUGUUUUUAUUUAUGUAUUUAUUUAUCUAUAUUCAGUUUUUUUAGAGGGUGCCACAGCAAAGAACAUUCCUGCAUAACAGCACUCGUCUCAGUUAAUCUCAAUUAUAAGGCAGACACAAAGUAAUUUAAUUUCCCUGGUGAUCACUGAGGAUGCAUGGCGAUUGUUAUUUCAAUUUAUUGUAAUAAAAUAUUUUUCCUGAGGCAAGCAACACCUUGACCUAGAUUAACACAGCACGCUGUGCUGUAAUGCAUUAAAAAAAGCUUUUUCCACUGUUCAAAAUACUUUUGCUGGUUUUCUUAGCCACACUCUUUACAACAACAGAGACACAUUUUCAGUUUAAAAUGUUUCUUGAAUUCUACACAUUUUGCCAAAAUUAAAGACGUGAGUAUCACAAACAUAAUCAAUGAUGGUCUCCUAGAGGUCAAAGCUCCUGGUCACGGGCCUUGGAUGCCCCAUCUUUGGCACUUUCUGAAUGUAACUUCCAGACUGAUGAUAAAUGGUAAACUACAUUUACUAGUUGCAACAUUGUGUCCAAAAGGUGCAACUUGCCACAGUUUAA